GUUGGCAGCUCGCGACAAGCUCUUUACUCUCACGCUCGCAGUUCGACUCUGGAAUUAUGAGCAGAGCUGGUCAAACCUGUACCUUGUUUUGAAAUGUAUUCCCAGAGAAUUGAGACCAUGGAGAUUGGCAUCCGCAUCCUCAUUGUGUUCCUCGUCUCACAGGUUGUCCAUAUUGGAGCCCAGAAGGAGGAGGGAUGUGUGCCUGGCUUCCAGGUGAAGGAGUACCAGGUGGAGUACAACGGAGGUUUCCAGAAGGACCAUCCUCUCACACAAGUGUUCUUUGAUGACUGUGCGGGGAAUGAGGGCUUGACGUUCGAGGUGUCCCACCCGGACUUCCAGGUGGACGAGGAGAUGAACCUGGUGGCCAGACGAGACGUGAUGGACAGCGGCACUGUCAUGUUUAUCCACGGGGUCAACGAGCAGGCUGAUGACAUGGCACAGGUGGACAUUGUCGGAGCUCCACCUAGAUCUCCUCAAACACUCAGGGAGAUCCUUGGCCUUGGACAGAUCCAGCCCUACAGAUCGAAGAGAGCCCUGUUCGCCCCUCGCAUGCAUGUCAAUGAGAACAUGGAGCCGCCCUUCCCCAAAGUCAUUGGCACGGUGAUGUCGCCAGGCAUGGAGAAUGACCACAUCUUCCAUAUGACUGGGUCCGGUGCUGACCAGGACCCCAAGGGUGUGUUCACCAUCAACAGGGUGACCGGAGAGGUGUCCGUCAGUCAAGAGCUGGACAGAGAGGCCAUCAGCUCCUACACGCUGGAGGUGUCUGUGACAGACCUGAGUGGGAAGCUGGUGGAGGGUCCUGUAGCCCUGCUGGUGGACGUCAACGACCAGAAUGACAACAGGCCCAUCUUCAAGGAGACCCGCUACGCUGGGGAGGUGCUGGAGGGCUCACCUACUGGAACUGUGGUGAUGACGAUGACAGCAGAGGAUGCUGAUGACCCCAGGUUGCAGAACGCAGUGCUGCGUUACAACAUCGUGAGGCAGUCCCCCGAUAAACCCUCGCCCAACAUGUUCUACAUCAACCCAGAGAGCGGAAACAUUGUCACUGUGAUCUCCCCCACGCUGCUGGACAGAGAGACGCUGCCCACCACGCAGUACGAGCUGGAGAUCGUAGCCCAGGACAUGAAGGGAAGAGACGUGGGACUGACAGGAACAGCCACGGCAACCAUCACCAUCACAGACAAGAACGACCACGCCCCAGAGUUCACCCACUCACUGUUCCAGGCCAAUGUGGACGAGGGCUCCACAGGUGUGGCGGUCAACCUGACGGUGGAUGACAGAGAUGACCCGGCGACGGGGGCGUGGCGAGCCAUUUACUCCAUCAUCAACGGUGACCCCACUCAGAACUUCGAAAUCCAAACCAACCCCGACAACAACGAGGGCAUGCUCUCUGUUGUCAAGCCUCUGGACUAUGAGAGUGUAGUGUUCCACACUCUGCUGAUCAAGGUGGAGAACGAGGACCCCCUGGUGCCAGAUGUGGGCUACGGCUCCAGCUCUACGGCCACCGUACACAUCACCGUCCUGGACGUCAACGAGGGGCCCGUCUUCUUUCCUGACCCCCUCCAGGUCACUAAGAUGGAGAACAUCCCUCUGGGCAGUUUUGUGGCCUUGCUCAACGCCACCGACCCAGACGUUCUCCAAUCACAGAGCAUCAGGUUUGCGGUCCUGAGAGACCCGGCUAACUGGCUCAGCGUGAACCCAGUCAGAGGCACGGUGAACACCUCUGCCAAUCUGGACCGCGAGUCGCCUUACGUUCACGACAACAAAUACACCGCCAUCUUUAUGGCCACAGACAACGGUAAGUGA